AUGACCAAAGUCCUUCUUCUUGGCGCUACUGGUUACAUCGGUAAGCGACUAGCCGAGACUCUGGUUCGAAGCGGCCAGCACAAUGUAUUCGGCAUUGCUCGAUCCGAGGCCAAGGCCAAAACAUUGGCUCUCGCAGAAAUCACGCCCAUCAUCUGCGCUGAUCCAGUAAAUGAGCCCGCGCCCUAUAUCAAAGCCGUUCGCGAUUACCACAUUGACGUUAUCGUUGAUGUCGCCGGCGCCAAUCAAGAGUCGGCCAAGUUCCUCAGCCAUGCAAAGGAGAUUGGCCAAGAGCGACUGAACAGCUAUGCCGCCGCCGGCAUCAGGGGUCCUAAGCUUGGCUUCAUAUAUUGUUCAGGCACUUGGGUCCAUGGAUCCAGCAACCAGGCAGUGAACGAUCUCAACAUUGCCGGCCCCAAUGGUGUCACUCCUCCAAGAGCUCUUGUCGCGUGGAGAGUCGGCCUUGAGAACUCUAUUCUGGCUUCUUCCGACGUCUUGGAUGUUGCUGUUCUGAGACCUGCAUUGAUCUAUGGCUAUGAAAAUACUAUUUGGACUCCGUUUGUCCUUCCGCUCCUUCAAGCAGCUCGAAGUAGCUCCUCGGAGCCUGUGAACAUUCCUCUGCAAGCCGACGCUAGGCCGGCUCUAAUUCAUGUUGACGAUGUAUCUACCGGCUUCCAAAAGGCGAUUGAGAAUCUGUCUUUGAUCAAUAGCGGCUCUGUCUACCCGGUAUUUGAUCUGCUCACUAGCCAGGAGAGCAUGUCUGAGAUCUUCAAGGCCAUGGCCUCUGCCUGGGGGUACAAGGGGGAAUACAAGCUGGUUGGGUCUGGCGACAAUUUGUUUGCUGAAGCCAUGAGCACGACUCUGCGCGGAUCUUCAUCGCGGGCCAAACAACUACUUGGAUGGGAACCGACACGCACCAAUGGAUAUGUUGCCGACAUGGAUCUACAUGCGGCAGCUUUUGCCUCUCAGCAUUGA